AUGAGCUACACGGAGCGCUACACCUCCUCCUCCUACCGGAGGAUUUUCGGAGACUCGCCCCGGUUCCCCGUCGCCUCCUCCCGCAUGAGCAGCGCGUCUCUCCGGGGCGCCCCGGGGCUCCGGUCCCCGGCGGCGGCGGCGGCGGCGUCCCGCAGCAGCGCCUCCUCCGUCAGCCUCUACAGACGCACCGGACGCGCCUCCUCCUUCUCUCCGGUACCGGCAGGCUCCCUGGACCUGACGCAGACCUCCGUGGUCAACAAUGAGCUGAAAGUCAUCAGGACCAACGAGAAGGAGCAGCUGCAGGGUCUGAACGACCGAUUCGCCAUGUUCAUCGAUAAAGUCAGACACCUGGAGCAGCAGAACAAGGUGCUGGAGACGGAGCUGGUGGGUCUGCGGCAGAAGCAGAGCGAGCCGUCCCGGGUGGCCGGUCUGUACCAGCAGGAGAUGAGGGACCUGCGCUCCCAGCUGGAGGAUCUGAGCCGGGACAAGAACCGCAUCCUCAUCGAGAGGAACAACAUGGAGGAGGAGCUGGAGAAACUCAACGUGAAGUUUGAGGAGGAAGUGAGGGCGCGGGAGGAGGCCGAGCAGACCCUGAGGUCUUUCAGGAAGGAUGUCGACGACGCCGCGGCCGUCCGCCUGGACCUGGAGCGCCGGGUGGAGUCGCUGAUGGACGAGAUCUCCUUCCUCAAGAAGGUGCACGAAGAGGAAAUUCAGGAGCUGAGCAGCCUGAUGGAGGCGCAGCAGGUCUCGGUGGAGCUGGAGCUCGCCAAGCCCGACCUGACCUCGGCCCUGAAGGAGAUCCGCAACCAGUACGAGUCCAUCGCCUCCAAGAACCUGCAGUCGGCCGAGGAGUGGUACAAGGGCAAGUUCGCCAGCCUGACCGAGCAGGCCACCAGGAGCAACGAGGCCAUGAGGGCCAGCAGGGAGGAGAUGAGCGAGUUCCGGAGGCAGCUGCAGUCCAAGACCAUCGAGAUCGAGACCCUGAGGGGCGCCAACGAGUCUCUGGAGAGGCAGAUCACGGAGAUGGAGGACACGCACAACGCCGAGAUCACAGCCAUGCAGGACACGAUCGGGCACCUGGACUCGGAGCUGAGGAACCUGAAGGGAGAGAUGGCCCAGCACCUGAGAGAGUACCAGGACCUGCUCAACGUCAAGAUGGCCUUGGACAUAGAGAUAGCUGCUUACAGGAAACUGCUGGAGGGGGAGGAGACCCACUUCAACUCGGGGGUGUCGUUCGGCGCUGCCAGCUACAGCUACCAGCCCCGGGCCUCGGCCGGCGCGUCCCGGGGCAGCCAGAGGGAGAAGGACGGAGCCCGGAAGGAGAGCUUCAAAGAGGUGGGCGAGGACAAAGACGAGGCCGACAUCAACUCCAACUGACGGCGG